AUGGACUUGCUAUCGAUUCUAUUCAAGUUUACUUUUUCGCAGAAAAACACGGAAGCUUUUCUCGCAUGUCUGGAAAUUUGGGAUGAAUUCCUGGAUCAGCUGAUGGUUCUUGAAUGGUCAAAGUUCCUUGGCGAGCGACCCUCGGUGACUUAUCAAGAGCUUCUUGUUUCAUUGUUCAACGAGUCAUUGAACAAGGCACAGGUUCAAUUCUCCGCGGAUUUGUUGAUGACUCUCGACAACGAAGAAACGGAUGAAUCCGGCGAGACAGAAAGGAGCAGUUUCAUCACAGCGAAUAUCGAAAUAAUCGCUAGGAUUUGCUGCCUCAAGCCGAUGGAUAUUCUCACCGCGCUCAUUCCAAAUCUCAAAUCUACAGUUUCUCAAUUUCUCAGCGAGCCGCAAAGCUUCACUGAUGCGAAAAUUCUCGAUCUUGGGACUCUUUUGCAGGUCGCUGGAAGAUUAACGGAACAUUUUCUCGGGGAAGAAUUUCAAAAAUUCGAGGAAGAUGUGAAAUUGAUACUUGAGUUGAUUCUUGAGCUAGCGGAAAAACUUUACCAGGUCGUCCAUUCCAAAUCGCACAGCGCAUCCAUAAUCGAACUACACUGCCAAGUCCUCUCAGCACUCCGCCCAUACCAGCACUGGCUUUCGCAGUUUUACGCAAAAGCCCAAAAUACUCUUUCAAUAGACACGAAAGAAAAACUCGAGUCAGCACCGGUCGUUCAUCUCUCGCGAAAAGUUCUGCACAUUUCCAUCCCAGUUUUACUUCUAGAGCCGAGCAAAGAAACGCAAAAGAUUCAAAAAGUGGCUGCUCAGUUGCUACAGUGUUGGGCGAGUAUUGUGCGGCCCCAUUUCGCUGAUAUCCUAGCGAGCGAGCUAGGUGAACUUUAUUCAAUUGGUGGUAUUGGCCCCAGUCCAAAGAACAUUCCCCUGACCGAGGAAACGAAAACGAUUGUUCUGAAAGCGCUGGCGAGUCUUUUCUUGCUCCCUUAUCCAAAUACAACUCAAGCAGAUCAAAAAUGGCCGGAGAGGACGGAGCUUUUCACGAGUCUUGUAAAAUCACAGUCGGCCAGGUUCGAUUUCAUCAGUUCUUGUUGCUUCUUGGUUUAUUCGGAAUCCGUCGCCUGCAGGAAAUCGUGCUCUGCGGGAAUAAGAAAUAUCGUCUUCGACUGCGUGCCACAUAUAAACACUUUCAAUGUGGAUAUAAAGGAGACGAAGGCAGCGAUGAAUCUAACGACUGACUACUUUAAUUGCAUGAAGCAAGAAGCGACGAAAGAUAUGGAACUGACGAGAAGAACUGUUCAGGCUUGCUAUGAGGGAUUCUCUGUUGAGAAAGCAAAUGAGCUUUUGCUGAAAGAAGAAGGGGUUCAAUUCCUGGAGAACAUGACAAAGAUCAUUUCCGCGGUAGUCGAGUACUGCAAGGAUGCGGAAAUACUACCCGUCGUUCUUAAUCUCACGAUGAAUAUAAUUCUUCCUGCUUCUGAAAUGUCGCCUCCUGUCCAUGCUGCUGGAUUGACGCUUUUGAAGAGGAUCAUUUCCGUCAAAUAUCGAUUCUUUUUCCCGGGCAACGUUCUUUCUUCGCACUUCAAAUCCAACUCUCCCGGCUCGAGUUAUCCAAAAAUCCAAAAUGAACAGACUCUUAUGCAAAUUAUUCGUUACUUUAUCACUGCUAUCACUUCUACUGAUCUAACACUGUCCAGAAAUGCACUAAAUCUCCUUCUCGAGCUUCAAAAAGAGCGUAAAUUCUUUUCUAACGAUGCUGUUCGAGUAAAUAUCAACCCGUUAAUUGUCGGGGCCGUCUCCAGCACCCUACUCGCUGGCCAACACCUUAUUAUCGAGGAUGAGCUGAUAACUUUGCUUCACCACACGUUCUACGAGAACAAAAUAUGCGACCUUCAAUCCAUAUUCACAAACACUUUACCUAAGCAUCUCUCCAGUUACACAGUUCCAUCACUCAACACCGACUUUCCAACGUUUCUGAGCAUCAUUCGAUCCGUUCUCAUCGCUUCCAGAGGCUGA